AAAUGGCGGCGUUGGUACCAGAAUCUUAAAGAGGGACAGUGUUCCACAUUGCAUCCCGUUUCCGCUAUCAUUCGAAACUCUCCGAACUCACAAAAUCGAAUCCAAUACGAAUACAAAGCACUAACAUUUAAUGGGCGGCGUCCUCUGUCGAGCUGCAGAGGUUGGGAACGAGACAGGCGCGGUUCUUGUCAUAACGGAGGUGUCGAUGUUUGAAAAACAUGAAAAGGAUGGGAAACUGAUCUGUAGGCUCAGAUCUGGAGAGAGCAUCUAUAUCAAGGGUAGGCAGUUCAUAAACCGAACCUCUGGUUCUCGUAUUCAGCGGAGCAUUCAUGUCACCGCCUUGAUUUCCGGCGACGAAACAGCGCCAAAUAUCUUGCCACCGAAAUGUAUCUUGGCAGCAAACGAUUUUGCCAAAUACGGGAAAGUCACUUUCCGGAUAGUGGACAAGAAACUGAAGUGUUACCCAGUAGUGAUCCCCGAUCUCCGCCGCUUGAGGUUGGUAUCCCGUGUUGGAACAACAUUUGUGAGUCGUUAAAUUUGGCUAUAGUGAUAAUGGAAAGUUCGAAUGAACGAUCGGCAUUGGUAGAAAGGAUCUGUAUUCUAACAUAUAAUUUCUAAGGAUUUUAGCUUUUGUUAGCGAUUGGGUGAAAACAGUAUCUUGCAAACUUCAGUGUUUUGAUAAUGUGCAUUUAUAAGGAUUUUAGCUCUUGUUAGCGAUAUUUCAAAGUUUUAUAUGCAAUAUACCCAUGUCUGGCCCUCUAUGCCGGUCACAGAGGCCAUGGAUUCUCGAUGCACUUCGGUGCGUCGAGAUGUCUAGUUACUGA